CUCCUUCAAAGACAAUUUAGUGGCCGGGUAGAUUUUCCCAUCAAUGCGAUGUCAUCUGCCGGAAGAUCUCGUGUGGCAGAGAAUGAAGGUUGAGUGUAUAACAGAGAAAGGCAUUUGACAGCUUGCCAGGGGGGAAACUAGACCUGCUAGAUAUUCAAAAGCGGAUCGUCAACUGAAGCUAGUCGGCUCAAGGAUCACUUACGGUCCGACUCCCAAAUCGCGCACAAAUGUAGGCUGGCAAGAAACCAUUUUUAAUUUAAAAACAUCACAAUUGAAUAUAUAUUCAUUUCAAAUCUAUAUUUUUUGCUAAAUUAACCCCUUGCUGGAUCUACGUCGUGAAUGUGGCAAUGAAUUCGGCGGAACAGACGGUAACAUGGCUCAUAACGCUUGGGGUCCUGGAAUCGCCGAAAAAGACCAUCUCGGAUCCAGAAGGAUUUCUGCAAUCAUCUCUCAAAGAUGGAGUGGUCCUAUGUAAGCUGUUGGAACGAUUGCGCCCUGGCUGUAUCGAUAAAAUUUACCAGGAACCGAGGAACGACACCGAGUGCUUGGCUAACAUCAGGGAGUUUCUCAAAGGCUGCGGAAUCUUUCGCAUAGAGACUUUUGAGGCCAAUGACCUGUUCCAGGGUCAGAACUUCAGCAAGGUGCUCAAUUCCCUGGUGGCCCUGAGCAACGUGACUGCAGACAUCGGAGUGGGCAGCGACUCUGUAUGCGCGCAUCACUCCUCUUCCCAUCGGAUCAAGUCCUUCGAUUCGCUGGGCUCCCAGUCCUCCAUCAGCAGAGCCUCCAAACUGCCGCAAAACCAGUACCGCAGCCUGGACAUGAGUGAGAACAGCAACCACCAGAUGGUGGUGAAAGCCCGCUUCAACUUCCAGCAGACCAAUGAGGACGAGCUGUCCUUCAACAAGGGCGACAUCAUCCAUGUCACCCGUACAGAGGAUGGCGGUUGGUGGGAGGGCAGCUUCAAUGGAAAGACCGGCUGGUUCCCUAGCAACUACGUUCGAGAGGUCAAAGGCAGCGACAAGCCGGUGUCCCCCAAAUCUGGAACUCUGAAGAGCCCCCCGAAAGGCUUCGACACCUCAGCCAUCAGCAAGACCUACUACACCCUGGUACUGCAGAACAUCUUGGAAACGGAGACAGAGUACUCCAAGGAGCUCCAGAACCUUCUGUCCAACUACCUGCGAUCACUUCAAAGUACAGAAAAGCUGAGUGCGUCGGACAUCGCCCACCUCCUGGGGAAUCUGGAGGAGAUCAGCACCUUCCAGCAGAUCCUGGUCCAGUCACUGGAGGACUGCACCAAGCUCCCAGAGACCCAGCAGAGGGUAGGGGGGUUCUUCCUCAGCCUCAUGCCCCAGAUGAAGGGGCUGUAUGUGGCCUACUGCGCCAACCACCCCUCCGCUGUCAGCCUCCUUACUGAGCACAGUGAGGAGCUGGGAGAGUUCAUGGAGGGGAAGGGAGCCAGCUCCCCUGGGAUCCUGACCCUGACCACAGGCCUCAGUAAGCCCUUCAUGAGGCUGGAUAAGUACCCCACCCUGCUGAAGGAGCUGGAGAGGCACAUGGAGGAGUUUCACCCUGACCGUCCGGACAUUCAGAAGUGCAUGGCAUCAUUCAAAAACCUCUCGGCCCGGUGCCAGGAGGUUCGGAAGCGGAAGGAGUUGGAGCUGCAGAUCCUGACAGAGUCCAUCCGCUGCUGGGAGGGGGAGGACAUCAAGAGCCUGGGCUCCGCCCUGUACAUGUCCCAGGUGCUGGUACACAGCCACGGCAACGAGGAGAAGAGUGAACGCUACCUGCUGCUGUUCCCACACGUGCUCCUCAUGCUUUCCACCAGUCCUAGAAUGAGCGGCUUCGUUUACCAGGGUAAGCUACCUCUGACGGGAAUGACCAUCGCCAAACUAGAAGACACCGAAUCCUACAAAAAUGCUUUUGAAAUAUCGGGGCCCAUGAUCGAGCGGAUCCAGGUGGCCUGUCAUAACCAGCAGGACCUGCAGGACUGGGUGGAUCACCUACACCGUCAGACCAAGCGCACCUCACUGGCCAUGUCCGCCGCCAAGCCACAGUCCGUCCCCUGUCACACGCUCCCCUCACACCCCCUCACCCCAUCCAGGCAUUCGGAGAGCCGGGGUACAGCGGUGGCUCCUGCCUACCACACCCUCCCCCACUUUUCGUCCCACGGGACCCCCCACAGCACUAUGAUGUGGGGACCCCUGGAGCCCCCCAAGACCCAAAAGCCAUGGAGCCUGAGCUGCCUGAGGCCUGCUCCACCCCUGAAGCCUUCGGCUGCGCUCUGCUUCAAAGAGGACCUCAGCAAAAGCCCCAAAAGCAUGAAAAAACUGCUCCCCAAACGCAAGCCAGAGAGGAAGCCCUCAGAGGAGGAGUUCGCCCUGAGGAAAAGCACGGCCGCACUGGAGGAGGACGCCCAAAUCCUGAAGGUUAUCGAGGCCUACUGCACCAGUGCCAAAACUCGCCAGACGCUCAACUCAACAUGGCAGGGUACAGACCUCAUGCAUAAUCACGUGUUGGCCGACGAUGACCUGUCCACCAUGGACUCUCCAGUGCGUCGCAACAGUAUCUCCCGCCCAGAGCCGACCUCUGACCUCUCUGAAGACUCAGACUAUGACAUCAUAUGGACAGCCCAUAGUAACAGGAUGGUUUCCUCAUCCCGUAAGAGCCGCUGCUCGUAUAUCUCUCACCAGAACUGAAGUGAUCCUUUUCAACUAUAUUUUCUUAAAUGUGUUUUUUAUUUAUUUCAUUGCUUUAAUAUUUUUAAAGCCCUUUCAACCAGCUGCUUGUUGCCUUGUCACCUGCCUCCUUUUCUUUUCUCUUUUUUUUACCCCCUGCCGUGUUGUGUAGUUCUCCCUGUUGUGGUAGGGUCACGCUUUUUCUUGACUACACUGCGUAGAACAGUACCUCUGCAUUGAACAGGCCGUUGGUCAGUGGUGCAUUAUGGAUCUUGUAGGCUGAUAUAGGGGAGACCUGUGGAUAGAGCAAAUGGAUUGGUUGGGAGGGAUGUUUUAGCUUUAUUGAUUCAACUCACACCAGACUUACCUGAGAGAAACUCAACAGCGGCUAAAACAAACACACAAAAAAGGUGUAGUGGUUUUUAACUGUUUGGUACAUUUUAAGUGCUUCAGCUGAUUAGUUCCCAAUUUGGAAUUGCAGACGAGCACUCGGGUCUUCUGAACCUUGUGGAGUGUGCCAGCUCAGCUGCACUACUUGCCUUCAUGGCUGGUGCAGACCAUGACCACCCGGUCAGACCGAGGAGUUGCUUUUGUGUACUGCCAGCUGCACCUCCCCUUCUCAGGACAGCUCCACAGCUAGUAUUGAACCGUUCAGUGUAACUGGCAGCCAUUUUGGAGUUGCAUUUAUUCAGUACAGAUACAUUUCCCUGAUCGUGUAUCGGCUUGGAAUUGACUGAAAAAUCACGUAUUUCAAGUGAAUAUCUGAGAUUCUGUAUUUGAGUUUCUCAGGUGUGAACCGUAGCGUCAGGUGUUACAAUCACUGCAGAACCCAAAAAGUAUUGCAUUUCUUUUAAAAGAUGGCAUUACCUCCGCCAUCUAUAAUCCUUUGCAAAAGUUCUGAAGGAAAGGCUUUCUAGGCGAAAUUUAUCCUGAUAUGCAGAUAACAGGAGAGAUGUUAUUUCGCGUUGCGGUAUACGCAGUGUUGCGAGGGUAAAUGUGAAUUCUCGAUUUACCGUAGAAAGCCCUCAAACAUGAAAGUUUUUUCGGAUACGUGGCAGGCUAUACAAGUGCAUGCUGCGACGGUUGGGGGGUCUAACCCGUCUCUCUCACACAAACACACACACAAGCACACACUUUUUGCUUUCUUUGGGCGAGUGUUGCCAAUGCCAUAAUGCAACAUGCAGGUGCUUCCUGUCCAGAGUGUGUGAAAGGGCCUGAGGAGGAGAGCCACAGGGGGUGGAGGGAGUCGCUGAGAAAGGGGCUUUUUUGGGGGAAGACCUUCUAUCAUAGUACAGUGGCGGUUGCUUUAAAAUAGAACAUUUCGUUGGUGUGUUACUAUUUGUGUGCCGGGAUGAUGUCUAGAUGUUCAGGCCCAACUUCUAAGUGGCUUAUAUUACAACAAAGGAGGGACCAACAGUUCUCUGCUCAGCUAGUGGACCACUUCUUUAAUAUACGUUUUUGUUUGUGGACGCUGUGUAGCCGUAACAAACGGAGAAGUUCCUGUUUGCUGAAACCACAUUAUGGAAGUGCCCGUGUAUAUAUAUGUCUGUGUUUAUAGACAGUUUGUCCUUUUAAACAUAAUGAGCUGCUCCGAGAGUAACGUGGAGAAACCCUGGGACAAACGCGAGACUCAGUGUAGAGCCUGAAGACAGGGCUGUCCGCAGCUCCCUGCAUCCGGGUGAGUCCUCCCGUCUCCCGGUCUGGAUUGAGGAUGUAGCCUCCUCGCCCUGAUUUCGCUUUGUUUUGUUUCACAUUCUCCACACACAUUUGUUAGCUCUUUCCCUGGUGGGAGACCUGUAUGGCACACAUCAUGGGCUCUUAAGGGAGGGUUGUAACGAUACUAACAUCAUUAUUGUCUCAUGUUUUAUACUUUGUGACUUAAUAUUGACUAAUAUGUUUGUGAGAGAUGAAAAAAACAAAAAAAACAGUGCUCUUUUAAUUUUAUGUAUUUUAAAAUGUUGUAUAUUUAUUGUAUUACUGUACAAUGUGUGUAUUAUAUCGCUUACCUAUGGUGUGGAUUGUGUGUAAUAUAUACAACUUAAGUCUUGAGUACCUAUAACAGAAAGUGACCACCAUUGUAAUGUACCAUUUUAGAAAUAAAUGUGUUUUUUUUAAGCUUGGGCUAUUUUAUGUUUGUCAGAUAAAACAAACUACUGUAUAAGGUACCCUAUAGAACAUGCAAAUGUGUUAUUUUUGGAACAUUGUAUGUAUUUUCUGAUAAAUGUAAAUUGCAGUAAUGUUUCAAAGAUGUGGUUUGUUCAUCCCAUUCCCAUGGUGGGUACAGUGUGGCUUUCCAUUAUAAUGCAAUUUAAAGGUCAGCUAGGCUAUUACUUAUUGGUAUUGCCUAGUUCACCAAAUGCUCAGAACAAAUGGGGAAACUUUUGAAAGUGUCUGGAGAUUUAAGAAUAAGUUUAGUUAUUAUUUGUGUCGUGUUGUGUUGUGAUUUGGUUUGAGUUUUUAAGAAGAAGGCAACAGUUGUUGUUCUCUGAAAAUACUCUAUACCUGGGGUGCACAACUCUGGUCACAAAGGGCUGGUCUACAUGCUCCUUCUCCCAGGUUCCUUGGCUUUGGUUUCUGACAGCUCUAUAAGCUACACUGGCUCACUCUUAUCCCCGUUCCUCAGCACAGUAAAAUCAUUAGGAUACAUUCUCAGUCUGCAGCUGUAGCUAGUGCUGAUACAAAUGUCAGAUCAGGACAUGAUUGAGCUAAUUAAGUAAUUAAGUGCAGAAAACUCAAAAACCUGAAAUGGAUGAGCCCUUGUUGUGCACCCCUGCUCUAUGCUCUUGGUUGGGCUGGAGUGGUGGAAAUGGAAGAGAACAGAGUUAUGUGCUUACAACAUAAAUGAUAUUGUGUGAACAAAAUCGAAAAAAAACAAAAUACAAAGGAGGUGGAACUUGUCUAGCCUUUGGAAGCUCCUUAAAGCUACACCUUUUUUAAAUAAAAGUUGAUGGUCUGUUA